UGUGACAGCGACAAAAAUCAAAAUGGUAACUGCAGAUCAGAAUGGAUUGAAUGGAAAACAGUUAGAUGACGUGCAUCCUGUCACAACUUCAGAUCCCAGUCCUCCCGAUGGCUCUGGUUCGUCUGUAGAAAAUGAAAAUGACCAGAGAAUUACUGAAACGGAAUCAUCAGACGCCGGCGCUUUACUUUAUGGCAUAGAAGAUACGCCAGCAUGGUAUAUGUGCAUUUUGCUUGGAUUCCAGCAUUAUUUGACAAUGUUUGGUUCAACAGUUGCUGUUCCUCUCAUUCUUGCGGGACCACUUGGAAUUGAUAAUGAUAACGUGGCUAAAGGACAAUUGAUAAGCACAAUAUUCUUUGCAUCUGGCAUUGCCACGUUGUUACAAAGCUUUUUGGGAACAAGGUUGCCGAUCGUUCAAGGUGCCGCCUUUUCUUUCUUAACACCCACAAUCGCCAUUUUUCAAUCAAUUUCGGACAUACCGCUAAAUAUCGUAAAUGCAACAAACGAAACAAACAGUACUUUGGAAGAGCCGUUGUCAAACCCAGCAUGGAAAAUAAGAAUGUGUGAAGUUCAAGGUGCGAUCAUGAUUGCUGCAUGUACCCAGAUUUUACUCGGUAUGACAGGUUUAAUAGGGUUUGUGAUGUCACACAUUGGGCCACUAACUAUUGCUCCAACUGUAGCGAUGGUUGGAUUGUCACUAUUCGGUGCGGCUGGAUCGUUUGCUGGAACUCAAUGGGGAAUAGCAUUUCUGACGAUAACUUUCAUUAUUCUGUUUUCUCAACAUUUGCGAAACGUGGAAGUUCCUUUGUUUUAUUACACAAGAGUUGAUGGAUGGAAGAAUAUAAAAGUCAAAAUAUUUACUUUAUUUCCGGUUAUUUUGGCUGUUCUCCUGGCCUGGAUGUUCUGCGCGAUACUUACAGCAGCAAAUGUGUUUCCUGCAAAUGUCGAUGAAUACGGGUAUAAAGCCAGAACAGAUAUAAGAUCCGCUGUACUUAACGAGGCAGCUUGGUUUCGAGUCCCAUAUCCAGGUCAAUGGGGUUUACCAACAGUCUCAGUGUCAGCUGUGUUGGGAAUGAUCAGUGGAGUGUUGGCAUCAGUUAUUGAAUCAGUUGGUGAUUACUACGCUUGUGCCAGGAUUUGUCGUAUUUCCUCCCCUCCUAAUCACGCAGUUAACAGAGGUAUAUUUAUGGAAGGAAUUGGUUGUAUAAUUGCUGGCGCACUCGGAACAGGAAAUGGUACAACGUCAUAUAGCGAAAAUAUUGGAGCAAUCGGAAUUACAAAGGUUGCAAGUCGACGUGUUAUCCAGUUCGGAGCAGUUAUUAUGCUUAUUCUUGCUGUAAUAGGAAAAUUCGGAGCUUUAUUUGUUACUAUUCCUGACCCAGUUGUUGGUGGAAUGUUUUGUGUAAUGUUCGGGAUGAUAACGGCAGUUGGAUUGUCCAGUCUUCAGUUUGUUGACUUGAACUCUUCCAGGAAUCUGCUCGUCAUCGGUUUCUCAAUAAUUAUCGGGCUCGCACUUCCAAACUGGGUGUCAUCUAAUGAAAAUUUACUAGAUACAGGCAUAGUCGAACUGAAUCAAGUUGUCCUUGUUUUACUCAAGACUGGAAUGUUUAUUUCUGGACUUGUUGCAUUCAUACUUGACAACACAAUACCAGGAACUGACGAAGAAAGAGGAAUAUUAAAAUGGAAACAAAGAACAAAUGCGUUAACUGGCGAUGUUGUCGAAGAAGACAGGAAAGAAGAAUACGAUUUACCAGGUCCAUGCAGUCAAAGAUUGUAUGCUGUGAAUGCGUUUAGAUAUGUUCCAAUUUGCCCUUCAUUUCGUAAAUCCCGUCAAGAAAAUCUUCAAACGAGUAUCAGAUAUUCUAAAAAAACUGGAACAAAUAAGGAAAAAACUCAAUUUGCCGUUGUGGAUACAGAGUCCACGGUCUAGGAAAAGUAUAUGCCUAAUGAAAAUGGAUACAUUACUCAGCUUUGUGGUACACGCGAUGGAAACAUUUUUCCAUUCCAAAAAAUAUAAAAAGUGUAUGCACAAUGUUUACACGCGAUGAACACAAUAAGACUUGAAGGUACAUCAGUUUUGUUAUAUUCUGGCAUCGAAGUACUCGGUAAAUCUGUUUAAAAGAAUAAUUGACUGAUCGACGUAUCAUUUGGUGAUCGAUCACGGGACAGUGUAAUGGGACAAUUUUUCGUUCAUAGUGAAGGUCAUAGUGCUCUUGAAAAAUAUUUGAUAAUUGUACAGUUUGUAAUAGAACCUUUAUAGUCUUGAUAAUAGGUAACUGAAAACAAAAAACCGUUUGUGCCCAAUAUUAAUUAUUCAGCAAUAAAAUAACGUGAAUUUAAUUUUAUUUUUUAUUUAGCACUAGUCACUUUUUUUUCUUGUUCGAUUAAUAGUUCCAUUCGAUUUUUCGUUAUUGUUUGACAUUUAAAUUCAAGUUCACUGCAUUUUCUUUCUUUUUAUGUACAUUUGACUUUUUAAUUUAAAAAAAAUAAAA